AUGCCACUAGUAGGAAAGUUUCCAGACCAUCUGAUCGAUUUGAUCAAAACUUCCAAGUAUGUUCAUGUGGCAACUGCCUCCAAGGAGGGCAUUCCAUCUGUGUCCUUGAUGAACUACAUUUAUGUUCCCAGCAGUGAUACUUAUGCUGAGAGCGACAAAUCUGAUGACUAUAUUGUGUUUGCAACUUUGGAUAAUACUGAGAAGUAUGAGAAUAUCUUGGUCAACCCUACAGUGUCGCUGUUGUUCCACGACUGGGUCACCGCUAAGAAUUUGUCGUUGAGGAAGCACAGUUUGUCUGAGACUCCAGCCACCGAUCCAUCACAGGCCACUACAACGGGUGUGCCUCAGUCGAGUAAGCUGCUGAACCUGUUGCAAGAGCUGAACCAAGCUGAAUUAUUUCAAAUGAGUGCCACCAUUAGGGGACAUGGUACUAUAAUCAAUCCAACUAGUGAAGAAUCGAAGCAUUACAAAGAUUUGCUGCUAAGAGCCAACCCAGAUGCUCAUUGCUUUAUCUUGAGCGACAAGACUGUAAUUGUUAAGGUCAAGAUUGAAAGUGCCAAGGUCACGGACAAUGAAAAUAACACAAGUAUUUACAAAUGA